AUGAGAAGAAUGGUCGAAACCCUUUAUGCAACACAAAGCCUUAAGAAAAACAAAAGAUGUGCCCCUGAACAAUGGCAAGAAGACUUAGCCUGCCGUAAUGGACAGAGUAUUCGUGAUAAGGAAGAUGAACUAGUCAAAAGUAUCAAAAGAAAAGUCCGAUCUGAAGUAGGUCCCGUUACAAUAGUUAGACGUAAUUUAGAUUCUAGUGAGUAUAAGAUAAGACCGCAAAACAAUCUUCUCUUCCCAGCCUUACUGAGAAUUAUCUAUCUAGUCCGAGUUGGUGAUAGUGUUGUUCCUAUUGAAGCUUUUACUAGGGAUGGAUCCGCCCUUUGCAGUCGUAAUACUGAAGUCUUAGCUAUGGUUAAGAGGGCUAGAUAUGGUGAGAGUAAGAAUUCACCCGUUUUAAUCGAUUUACCUGAUGCUCUCUCAGUAGUUUAUGUCAUGGCUGGUCCGCAGCUUAAGUUGGCUGAGUUUAGUGAACGUAGUAGGAAUGAAAAGGAUAGGUGGCGUUGGGGAGUUUUAGUUCUUUUACGAGUCUUAGAGGCUUGUGUGGCUUUUGACCGGAGUGUUCUGGACGUAAAUGGACUGUUUUAUAGUGGAGUAGGUCGAGAUGUAUCUAUUGCUUAUUUACCGGCGGAAAGAAAGCGGGUUAAGCUAGUUGAGUUCUUGUUUGUCUUAGCGGGUUUGGUUGUGCCUACGUAUACGCACAUGGAAAGAGCUCGGGUUUUAGAAGGACUGAAAGUAGCCCCGGCUGAUAUAGGACAGGAAGUACUACAGACGAUUGGGUUGGUAGGUGAAGGGACUAAUUGGCGGGGUAAGUAUAUGGAAGAGAUUCAAAAACUACGUUUGUACUUGGCUAAACAAUCACCAUUAAGGUAG